AUGCCGAGCACACAGACCAACGGCGCAGCGCACGCCGGCGAGGCCGCAAACGGCCGCGCAUCGACGUUGCCGGCCGUAUGCGCCGAGCUGCGGCGCAAGGUCCUGGCGUUUCUCGACACGCCUGCCGCGGACGAGGCGGUUAGGAGAACACAGGAGCAGACACGCAUAUCACUGCAAGUCGUGGAGAAGGCCCUGAAGCGUUACAAGUUCGAGGAGCUAUCGCUCUCUUAUAAUGGUGGAAAGGACUGCCUCUGCCUGUUGGUGCUUCUGCUGGCAUGCCUACCGACCCUGACGACAACGGCGGACGGCGGCAAGACGUCGACGGCGGACGUGCCCCGGAUCCAGGCCAUGUACAUUGCGCCGCCGGACCCCUUCCCCGAGAUGGGCGAGUUUGUCGCACAAUCGACUCGCGAGUACCAUCUGGAUUUGAAGCAAUACACAAUGGCGAUGCGGCCCGCGCUGGACGCGUACCUGGCCGAGACGCCGGCGGUCCGGGCCAUCUUCAUGGGCACUCGGCGGACGGACCCGUACAGCGAGCACCUGGAGCAUUUCAGCAUGACCGACGCGGGCUGGCCACAGUUUAUGCGGGUCAAUCCUAUGAUUGACUGGCACUACGUGGAUAUUUGGAUUUUUUUGCGUCAAUUGGACAUUCCGUACUGUAACCUGUAUAACCUUGGAUAUACGUCUCUUGGAGGCACGAGCAACACGAAACCGAACCCGAAGCUAGCGAUCGAUGCAGAGUGUACCAAGUUUAGGCCAGCGUACGAUUUGACUCAAGAUGAGGACGAGAGGCUGGGACGAGGUCGAUAG